AUGGCCUUCUCGGUCCAGGGGAAAUCCGCCAUUGUUACCGGCGCAGGCUCAGGGAUUAACUUGAGCUUCGCGAAGCUUUUACUGGAAAAUGGAUGCAACGUCUUGAUUGCAGACCUCGGGUUACGCCCUGAGGCCCAGGCUGUCGUCGACAAGUAUUCCAGUGGAUUGCCACGGGCCAUCUUUCAACAGACAGAUGUGAUAGAGUGGCCACAGUUGGAGAAGAUGUUUGAGGUGGCGGAACAAGAGUUUGGAGAGGUCGAUAUUGUGUGCCCAGGAGCAGGCAUCUACGAGCCGCAUUGGAGCAACUUCUGGAGGCCUCCAGGAACCCCGCAGAGCAAAGACCCGAGGGCUGGGGGUCGAUACGCUGUGCUAGACAUCAACUUGACGCAUCCGAUCCGUACCACGCAGCUGGCGAUCUCUCACUUCCUUGCGCGAAACAAAUCCAAGACACCAAAGCAUAUUGUCCAUGUUUCUAGCAUUGCAGGCCAAACCCCGGCUUUUAAUACCCCGAUGUACGUCGCCACAAAACAUGCAAUCAACGGAUUGGUCCGGGCAUUGAGCAACCUCGACAAGGAGUGUGGUAUCCGAGUCACCGCCGUUGCGCCGGGCCUCAUCAAGACACCCCUGUGGACCGAACAUCCCGAGAAAAUGUGCGUGGUUGAUGAAAGCAAAGACAUGUGGGUGUCUCCCGACGAGGUGGCCGAGGUGAUGCUCGCCCUGAUCGAACAAACGGAGGUCAGCGAAAUCAUCGGAGACAGAAGUGGCAAAGGGCAGCUGUUUCCCAUCCAAGGAGGGACCAUCCUAGAGGUCUCCAAGACAGUGCGUCCUGUCGAGGCGUUCCAUGACCCAGGGCCAUUCAACAGAGAAGGAAACACGGCCGCAAACACCAAGGUGCUCGACGACGAGACCUUUGCCCUGCUCCCGACCCCCUUCUCGAGUCGUUUGAUCGCGGACAUCCCUUAUAGGCGCGGACUCCGAGGAAAACAGGCUGCUGGAUACGCCGGGCAGGCGAGUUGGCUUAGCAGUGUUAUAAAUUUGGUGAAUACAAUCAUCGGCGCCGGAGUCCUCGCCAUGCCACUUGCAAUGUCACAUAUGGGAAUAACACUGGGCGUGAUUGUCAUUCUUUGGUCAGGCCUUGCGUCAGGCUUUGGCCUGUAUCUGCAGUCUCGAUGCGCGCAGUAUUUGGAAAGAGGCUCGGCCUCGUUCUUCGCACUCUCGCAGCUGACUUAUCCCAAUGCUGCGGUGAUCUUCGACGCGGCCAUCGCCAUUAAAUGUUUUGGAGUCGGGGUGAGCUAUUUGAUUAUAAUCGGCGACCUGAUGCCGGGUGUCGUUCAGGGGUUUGUUGGAGGGACCCCGGACUAUGACUUCUUGGUUGAUCGUCACUUUUGGGUCACUGCGUUCAUGCUGGUCGUUAUUCCUUUGUCGUAUCUUCGACGUCUCGAUUCUCUCAAAUAUACCAGCGUCGCCGCCCUGGUCUCGAUGGGAUACCUGGUUGUUUUGGUGGUGUACCAUUUUGUCAAAGGGGAUACCAUGGCGGACCGGGGGCCUGUCCGUGUAUUCAAAUGGGCUGGCCCUAUUCCCACAUUAAGCAGUUUUCCUGUUAUUGUCUUCGCCUUUACGUGUCAUCAAAAUAUGUUCUCGGUAAUGAACGAAAUUAAAAACAACAGCCACUUUCGGACGACGGGUGUGGUUCUUGCCAGCAUUGGCAGCUCUGCUGCAACCUACGUCCUGGUCGCCAUCACCGGAUACCUUUCUUUCGGCAACAACGUCGGUGGAAACAUUGUGUCCAUGUACCCACCCGGCGUGCCCGCCACGAUCGCCCGAGCUGCCAUCGUGAUGCUUGUGAUGUUUUCGUACCCGCUGCAGUGUCACCCCUGCCGGGCCUCCGUGGAUGCCGUCUUGAAAUGGCGGCUGAAAAAGACCGGCUCCAGUUCUUCCAGCCACGAGGGCUCUCCCCACCGUCAUCCCCUAUUGGGAGCUGCUCGAACCAGCCGGUCUCCUGAUGCGAUGAGCGAUCUCCGCUUCUCCCUCAUAACCACUACGAUUCUCAUCCUGAGCUACAUCACGGCCAUGACCGUGUCGUCCCUCGAAGCCGUGCUGGCGUACGUCGGCAGCACCGGUAGCACCAGCAUCAGCUUCAUCCUCCCGGGCUUGUUCUACUACAAGAUCUCUGACCCGGACUCUCCGAGCCAUCAACGACUCAUGAAAGAAGACGACGAAGUCGCUGACGAAGUUCUCGCCCGUGAGGCCGACGACGACUACAACGACACCGACAGCCUGACGCGCCCCCUGACAGACAGUGGGAUCAUCCGCGCUACCACCCGCCAAUGGCGCAGGAAGCUCAUCCGCAAACUCAGCUUGGCCCUCGUCCUGUACGGCGUGCUCGUCAUGAUUGUAUGUCUGAUCACCAAUACGUUUUUCGUUGCUUCGCACUAG